UAAUUUUAUUAUUGUAAAUGUAAAGACACGUAAAGAUUUUUAAUUUCUAAAGAAAAAACUAUAAACUAUGCGCUAUUUUAUACAAAAAGCGAAUAGAAUAACCCGAUAAGAUAAAAAUGUAAGACGAGUACAAUAAAUAAAUGAAGUAUUAUUGCGCUUUAUAUACAUUUGUAUAGAUUUUAGAGUAUAAUAAUUAAAGGAUUAAAGAAAAACUAAGUAUACCUUACAUUACAACUACAACAAAAAAGAAAAAACAUGUCCAAAAUAGAAGCAGAACCUCUAGCUGAUUUAGAAUCACAAUUUAUACUUAGAUUACCUGUGGAACCAGCUAGAGCAUUGAAGGAAGCAAUUCGGAAUAAUAGUUCAUUAAAAGAUAGAGUAGGUAUUAAAAUUGAUGAAGAUAUGCGUCAUGGAGAGGUAAGAGUAGAUCAUUGGCUGAUGGGUGCCAAAGUUGUUGAUUUACCAACAGUAGUUGAAUCAUUAAAAACUAUCGAUGCCAAGGGGUUUUAUAAAACAGCUGAUAUAUGUCAGAUGUUAGUUUGUAAAGAAGAGGAUGAUCAAACUACUACAGACGAGGACUCACCACAAAAGAAAAAGAAAGAUUCAAACAAAGUUGACAAAAAGUAUUUAUGGCCCCAUGGAAUAACACCACCCGUUAAGAAUGUAAGAAAAAGAAGGUUUAGGAAAACUUUAAAAAAGAAGUAUGUAGAGGCUCCAGAAAUUGAAAAAGAAGUUAAGCGACUUUUAAAGAUCGAUAAUGAUGCUGUCAGUGUCAAAUGGGAAGUAAUCAACGAAGAAGAUGAAAAUAAAAUAAACAAAGGUACAGUAGUUAAGAAAAGCCCUAAAGAACCCAUUAAAAACGUUGCCGAGCAUGAUAUAUUUGGAGGAGCAGUUAGUGAUUCAGAAGAUGAAGACGCUCAUCUUAAUGUACUGGACGUUUUGGACGAGACUAGCCAAAAUUCAGCAGAAAGUCACCUUACCGAUUCCAAUUCUGUUCUGAAUCAUUCUGCUGAUUCCAAAAUUCUCACAGAAUUUACCAGUGAUAUGUUUAGAGAAAUGGAACAGUCAUCAAAUUUAAUGCAAGAAAUGGAUUACUACCAACCACCAAGUACUUCAUAUACAGAACCAUACUUACGAGCACCAGAGCAUAAAGGAAAUUUCAGAAUUACUAUUCAAAGCAGACUCGAUGAAAUCAACCUAGAAAUAGCUGAUUUGAAAGCAAAAAGACAACAACAAGAGACAAAAAUUGAGAAUAUUGAAAAUCUUGCUCUGAGGCAACGGUUCCAAGAAAUAGUAGAAAGUCUUUUACAAGAACAGCUUGAGAAAGAGCAAGAGAAAUAUGAACUUAUAGAUAUGUUAAAACAAGGAUUAGAUUAACCCAAAUCUUUUAUUUAUUUAUCUGGCACUUUUGGUUUUGUUUUAAGGUACUAGUACACUUUAGAAGACCAAAAAUAAGCAUUUUUUCAAGAUUUUUUUCUCAGAACCUUUAUUAAAAAUGAGCAUAAAACUUUUUACAUAUUAAUACCUAACUCUUAGAGAAUACAAAAAAUAUAUCUUUUUUCAUUUAUGCAUGUACACUAAUAUUGUAGAGGGCGCCAAAGUCGGGGCCUCGAAAAAAAGUAGUUCCGAUGGCGGACAUUUAAUCUCAGGAUUGGGAUCUCUGAAACAAAAAAAUCGUACGGCAUUGGAAAAAGAAAGGUCUCUUACGUGACAAUUUACCACAUUUAGUAAAAAAUUCCGCAAAAAAAAGAUUUUACGGAAAUUUGAAAAAAAUCGCCCGUUUUUUUUUCAGUUUUUCAUGGUUAAAUAGCUAUUUGUAUAACAAGGGAGGAAAGUGUAACUUUUCCUCCCGAGAAUGAAGUUUACUGCCCGACGCGUAGCGGAGGGCAGUAAUCAUUCAAGGGAGGAAAAGGCACUUUACUCCCAUGUUAUACAUAUGGGUUUUCCACCUUCCUCAAAUCACAAGUCAUUUUUUCAUUUUUACUUAAUUUAUUUAUGUAACUAACCAACAAAAUUUAUUAAAACUAAAACAACAAGUAGGUACAAUAUAACUGUCAACUGUCAAAUAUAAGUCAAAUUAUUAAUGUAAACAUUGUUAAAUCAAAAUAACAAUUUACUGUUUUUUACCAUUCUGCAAAAUACAGGAUGUUUUAUAAAUAAACGUUAAAAUGUAUAGAUACUUCGUAAUAGAAAAUAUAUAUUAUACAGGGCGUCAAUAAGUUAUAUUUCAUGAAUGAAAUACCAUGACGUCACUUUUACUUUUCCUCCCUAGGGAGGAAAAAUAUUUUCCUCCCUAGGGAGGAAAAGUACAACUUUGCUCCCUACAAUCAGGUCCGGAAAAGUAUACUUUCGGUAGAGGUAGGUGGAAAAAAUAUUUAUUUUUUAUUUAUUGGUCAAAUUGUGGUAAAUUGUCACGUAAGAAACCUUCCUUCUUCAAAUGCAGCCAACUGUCCGCCAUCAUUUUUCGGGCCUCAAAUUUUGCGCCCUCUACAAUAUUUUACAAUAUAUAUUUUUUGAAGUUAUGCUUCUUUAGGCGCGAUUGAGAGUAAAAUUUUAUAAUACUGCGCGCAUGCGCACACAGACAGUAUGGCGUUUAGUUGCUGAAUCUUUCAAGUUAUGUAUAAAUAUAUCAAAAAAAGGUGUGAAAAGAAUAUAUUAGUGUUUUUAGUAAAUAUAUUUAUUAUAAUUUGUUUGUCUUUGGAUUUGUCUUCCUCAGGAGUAAGAUGAGUAUUAUUAAAACAUUUUAUUGUAUAUUUAUUAUACUUACUUCACCUUGUCUGUUUGUUACCGUGAAUUGUCAUUAGGUACGUCCGAACCGAUACAGACACAGUCCUCGUAGCGUAUUUGGUAUAGCAUUCGGCCAGAGAUCGAGAGCUCUUGAGUUCGAGUCCGGAGCAAUUCUAUACUUUUUUUUUUAUUUUUUUGAACGGUAAGCACAAAAUUAAUUUGGUGUUUAAAAAAAUUAAAACAAACUGUUUAAAGUAUAUUUAUUUUUAAGAAAUCAUAUAAUAGAAGUAUAACUUCUUACGUGCACAUACGAGUACACACAUAUUCUUUUUUGUACUCUAUAAGAGUUAGAUAUUAAUAUGUAAAAAGUUUUAUGUCUAUUUUUAAUAAAGGUCAUGAGAAAAAAAUUCUUGAAAAAAUGAUUAUUUUUGGUCUUCUAAAGUGUACUAGUACCUUAAUACUGAUCUACAAGUGAAUGCUAGAUAGAAUAUUUUUACUAUACAAAUGGGUGAAAUCUACUGUUCGAUAUAUCUAAAAUUUAUAUGUUUCAAAGCACCUUUUAUAGGAUGUUAAAUUUAUUUUUGUUUUAACCAUUUUAUAAUUUUUAUUUAUUUUAAAUAAUUUUUCUCUAAUAAUAGAUGCUUAUACAAU